AUGCAGAACGACCGGAUGGCAGCUUUCAGGGCUGGACGCCAGCAGCAACAGCAGCCCCACGAGAUGACCGACUUCACGAACGGCGCGAACUCGCCCCAGUCCCCGACAGGCACGAACGGGAACGGGGCUGCACCCACAAUGGACAACUUCUACAAUCAGGUCACGCACAUCCAAGACGACCUCGCCGCGUUCAACGCGAACGUGCAGAAGAUCCAGGACCUCCAUGCGCGCACGCUCAACCAGGCGGACGAGUCCGUGCGCACGCGCGAUACUGCCGUGCUCGACGACCUCGUCGGCGAGUCCCGCGGGCUGAGCAACCUCAUCAAGGACCGCAUCCAGAAGCUCUCCCAGUUCCCCGCCGCGCGCCCCCAGGACCAGCAGAUCUGCAGGAACCAGACGAACCGGUUGCGGACGCGGUUCGUCGAGGUGCUCCAGAACUAUCAGAGCGUCGAGCGCGACUACCGCCAGAAGUACAAGCAGCGGAUCGAGCGGCAGUUCAAGAUCGUCAAACCUGAUGCGACGCCAGAGGAGGUGGUGGCAGUCGUGGACGACCCCGAAGGCGGCUCGCAGAUUUUCUCGCAAGCGCUGUCGAGUUCGUCGCAGUACGGGAUGGCGCGCAUGGCGUACCGGGAGACCCAAGACCGCCAUAACGACAUCAAGAAGAUCGAACGUACGCUCGAGGAGCUCGCGCAAAUGUUCAAUGACAUGUCCGUGCUAGUGGCGCAACAGGACGAGGCCAUCGAACAGAUUAACACAACCGCACAGAAUGUGGAGCUCGACGCACGUGAAGGUGGGAAACAAGUGGACAAGGCGGUCGAGCACGCGCGCUCGGCUCGCAGGAAGAGGUGGAUUUGCUUCGGCAUCAUCAUCUUCGUCAUCGCUGUCCUCGCGCUUGUCCUUGGUCUCUACUUCGGCGUUGGUCCCGGGAAGCCCAAGAGCAGCAAAUAG